CAGCCAGCGGCCGGCCUCGAAGACCCCCUAGCCGGAGGGCGAGGCCCGCUGUGCCCGGCACGAGCGCCCUUUCGCGGCCACAGGCGUCCGUCCUCCGGCCCGGUGCUCCCGCGGCCGACCGGGGUUCAUGGAGCUGCGGCUGUGGUUCCUUUUCGGGCUCGCAGUGACCUCCGCCGCAGGAUUGGUGCCUCGCCCCCAGCCUGGGGACGCUGGCAGGAGCGGCGAGCCCCGGGCCCCCUCUGCAGCCAGAUCGGAGGGGGACACGGAGGAGACUGUGCCCACAACAGCAGUGCGCGGUCCAAGCCCCCGAAGCCCUGGGCAGGCGGAGGGACCUGGUCGGUUUGGGGAGCAGGCGGCCAAGGGGGGCCCUGUGCACCACCGAGCCCGGCGCUGUACAUGUUUUACCUACAAGGACAAAGAGUGUGUCUACUAUUGCCACCUGGACAUCAUCUGGAUCAACACUCCUGAACGGACUGUGCCCUAUGGACUGUCCAACUACAGAGGCAGCUUCCGGGGCAGGAGGUCGGCCGGGACCUUUCCGCAGAGCUCGCAGCCGUCGAAGGGGACGCCGCGCUGCGCCUGUGCGGAGAGCGAGGACGCCGCCUGCGUGCACUUCUGCGCCUGGACCCCGGCUGCCCGCGGGAAUUCAAGGACGGCACGAACACCUGACAGAGAAGCAGGAAAGCAGGCCAGCGGUGCUGCCGGGGGCGUGCGUCCGAGGAGGAAGAAAUGUGGAUCUUUGCGGGAAGGGCUUCAAAAUAAGCUGCAAACACAACCGCUUUCUGCGCUCUAGCGGCCACGCUGAGAUUGCUGAGCGUCUGAAGUUGAUGGAGUGUUUAGUCAUCCACGGGGAUGGGGAGAGGCCGCCCCCUCCCCCGACGGCAGAGAGAUAAGAGCCGGCAUUUGAGUGCCUGCCGAGGUCCUGAUGUGAUGGUGGAUGCCGGGGUGCUAGCCUUGACCAAAUGCUAAAUUUUCGAUGAGUAUAUCCUAAGUGUUACAGGUGUAAAAGCGAGUGUCACAAGGAAAUGGAAGGGACUGAUUUGCCAGCAGGAUGGGGUACAGUUUAGAGGAGCAAUUAUUUAUUGUGAAACUGUUCUCUGUGUCAACUCCUUUUGGCGGAUGUGUUCAACGCAAAGCCUCUGUACAUAGAUGUUCACUUGUGUUCUGAGUCCCACCUCAGUCCUUAGGGCUUGAAUCACAUUUUUAAACACCUGUGCACUGUUUGUCUCUGUGGCAAGAUGAUAUCUCGGAGAGAAAUUCAUUCAUUGUGCUAACACAGAAAA